CGUGGGAUGCUGAGCAGCACAAAUGGAAUCAUGUGGAUGUUGGGUCACUGGGCAGCAUUGCCGAUUCCGGUAAUUGAGCUAAUUGCAACUAAAUAAGCGGAUAUACCUGCAAGAGACAAAGACGGCCUUUAGCCAAGUCAAGUCAAGGACACACAUCAAGCAUUCGCAGCGUGACACAUGAAAUAUUCAGUAACCCGUAGAAAUGCCCGCAAGUUUACCCUAAAGGGCAAACAACAACAAUAGCAAGAACAGCAGCUGCAACAACAGCAGUAAACAAAGAGACGGAAAAGCACGACAUGGAGACCAUCAUGUCGACAUUACCAACGCUGGCAGCGGACGAUGGCAGUCAGUGGUUAACUAGCGCCCUCUCUGAAGUCCUUGCCAGCAGUGAUGGUCGUGGCGCUGCACAAAAUGCAACGCUUGCCGCUGCAACGGCUGUUGCAACUGCCACAACGGCAGUGAACGUUAGCAAAGUUGAUGACAAGCAUCUUCAUACGGUGAAUGACAGCGACACAGAUCUCACCUCAUAUCCCGGCUAUAUACAUUAUCGCGAUAAAUACGACCUGACCUACAUAGCCAAGGUGAACCCAUUCUGGCUACAGUUUGAACCACCUGAUACGAGCACCUUUUACAUGAUGGCUGGACUCUACUGUCUCAUCUCUGUGGUGGGCUGUUUUGGCAAUGCAUUCGUCAUCUUCAUGUUUGUAAGCCGAAAAUCUCUGCGCACCCCAGCGAAUAUACUGGUCAUGAACCUGGCCAUUUGUGAUUUCCUGAUGCUGGUCAAAUGCCCGAUUGCAAUUUACAACAAUAUCAAUGAGGGACCAGCAUUGGGCGAUGCAGCCUGUCGCCUCUAUGGAUUUGUGGGUGGACUAAGUGGCACCUGUGCUAUUGGAACGCUGACGGCCAUUGCUCUGGAUCGUUAUAAUGUUGUGGUGCAUCCGUUGCAACCAUUGCGACGUUUCUCCCGCCUGCGAUCCUAUUUCAUCAUCUUUCUCAUCUGGUGCUACAGUUUUGUGUUCGCUGUCACACCUGCGCUUGAUGUGGGGCUGUCUGUCUAUGUGCCGGAGGGUUAUCUAACGACCUGCAGCUUUGACUACCUCAACAAGGAUACGCCAGCAAGGAUAUUCAUGGCACUCUUCUUUGUGGCCGCCUACUGCAUACCAUUGACCUGCAUUGUUUACUCAUAUUUCUAUAUACUCAAAGUGGUUUUCACGGCCAAUCGGAUACAGUCGAGCAAGGAUAAGGCAAAGACCGAGCAGAAACUCACAUUCAUAGUGGCCGCCAUCAUUGGGCUGUGGUUCAUUGCCUGGUCGCCUUACGCAAUUGUUGCCAUGAUGGGUGUCUUCGGGCUGGAACAACAUAUCACUCCAUUGGGUUCAAUGAUACCCGCACUUUUCUGCAAGACGGCCGCCUGUGUGGAUCCCUAUUUAUAUGCAGCCACACAUCCCAGAUUUCGUGUCGAGGUUCGAAUGAUCUUCUUUGGUCGCGGUGUGCUGAGACGCGUCUCCACCACUCGCUCCUCAUAUAUGACCCGUUCGCGUUCCUCCUUCAAUCAUCGAGUGCGGUCAUCUUCCAAUGAAGGCGAUAACCGCGCUGAGUCCUACAAGAUGAACAACAACCUAAUGAUCGUUCCCGAGGAAACCGAUGAGAACGAGGAGAUCAUUGUUGUUGCUGAAAUCAAUAAUUCCAUUUCCAUAGAUAUGGAACAGAGUAAGUUUUAGAGCUGCUAAUCAGCUAAGUUUUGCAGCUUAGCAUAUCAACUGGUUGUCCUCUUUUAUGUUUAUAUAUCUGGGUAAUUUAUUUGGGAGAGAGAGAGAGAGAGAAAGCUAUAGAAUAUUUUACUACUACUACUCAUGUUGAGCACAAAAGAAAGGUAGAUAAUUAAAGAACGAUGUCAGUAGGGGGAGUAAACAAAUCGUGAUAUGAAAUGUACCAGAGAGAUUAUAUAUGCAUAAACACUCGAAUUAUUUCACUUAAUUGAGCUCGAAAAAUCAACAGCAAAAAGAAAGAAAA